AUGCAAACUCAGAAUAUGUCAUUUUCCUGUGCAAAGAACUUCUUUCAGAGGUUCUGGUUAGAUGAAAUCAAUAUGGGAAGUUUUUCUCAUAGCAACUUCCUGUCUAGUGAUCUUCUGCCAUCUCUUGGAGCUCAAAUGGUGCAGGAAAUCAGACUCCGAAGAUACAUAAUCUCCCCUUUCGAUCCGAGAUAUAGGGCUUGGGAGAUGAUACUGGUAGUUCUAGUCAUUUACUCAGCCUGGAUAUGCCCCUUUGAGUUUGCCUUCCUGCCUUCAAAGCAAGAUGCACUGUUCAUUAUUGACAACGUUGUUGAUGGUUUCUUUGCCAUCGACAUCAUGCUCACAUUCUUUGUUGCAUAUUUAGAUAGUCAGUCUCACCUUCUUGUUGAUGAUCACUGGAAAAUUGCAAUCAGGUACAUAUCUACCUGGUUUAUUUUUGAUGUCUGCUCAACAGCACCAUUUCAGAUCAUCAGCCUUUUCUUCACAAACCAUAGCAGUGAGCUUGGCGUUGACCUGCUUAACAUGCUUCGGUUAUGGCGUCUGAGACGAGUUAGCUCUCUGUUUGCAAGAAUUGAGAAAGACAUCCGCUUUAACUAUUUCUGGACCAGGUGCAUAAAACUCAUUGCUGUAACAAUGUUUGCCAUACACUGUGCUGGAUGCUCUUGCUAUCUAAUUGCAGAGAAGUAUCCUGAUUCCAAAAGGACCUGGAUUGGUGCAACGCACCCAAAUUUCAAAGAAGAAAGUCUUUGGGACAGAUAUGUGACUGCAAUAUACUGGUCCAUUGUAACACUUACCACUACUGGCUAUGGGGAUUUACAUGCUCAAAACCCUGGGGAGAUGCUGUUUGAUACUGUGUUCAUGCUUUUCAAUUUGGGAUUAACAUCAUACAUCAUUGGAAACAUGACAAACCUUGUGGUUCACUGGACCAGCCACACCAAAACUUUUAGAGAUACGAUUAGAGCAGCAUCAGAGUUUGCAUCAAGGAAUCAUCUGCCGCAUCACCUACAAGAUCAAAUGUUGUCACAUUUAUGUCUGAGGUUUAAAACAGAAGGAUUGAAGCAACAAGAAACAUUAAAUGGUCUGCCCAGGGCAAUUCGUUCAAGCAUUGCAAAUCAUCUCUUCUUUCCUGUUCUGAAGGAGGUCUACCUAUUCCAUGGAGUUUCAUAUGACUUCCUCUUCCAACUGGCCUCAGAAAUGGAAGCUGAGUAUUUUCCACCCAAGGAAGAUGUGAUACUGCAAAAUGAGGUUCCUACAGAUCUUUACGUGUUAGUUUCAGGUGCAGCGGAUCUUGUUCGCCACAUGGAUGGGCAUGAUCAAGUUGUUGGGAAGGCAGUUUUAGGAGAAACAUUUGGAGAGAUUGGGAUAUUAACCUACAGGCCACAACCAUUCUCUAUUCGGACUGCAGAGCUUUCUCAAGUUUUACGACUCAAAAAAACUUCGUUAAUGAAGGCUGUUCAAGCUUAUCCAGAAGAUUCAAAAAUCAUAAUGGAUAACCUUGUCAUGAGAUUAAAGGGACAAGAAGGCUUGGGUUUUGAGUAUCCAAAUGCAGAGCCUGGAUUGGUCCUUCAUGAAAAAGUAGAUGGAGUAAAAGCAAGAGAAAGCGUCUCUCAUGCACGCACAAACAGUUCAUACCAGGAUUCAUUAGUCCAAGAACGAAGGUAUAGAAACUUCACAGACUCAGAGCUUACAUUGCAUGAGGUGACAAGCGAAUAUGGAGAAAGGAAUAUUCAUGCUGCUACAGUCAAAGGGCAUCCAGAGAUGGUUGACGUAGUGCUCGAAAGAGAUGCAAACGCCAAGCCCCUGAAUUUCGCAAGUCGGAAAUCAAAAACUCAGGUAGAACAGCAAAAUCAAAAGAGCACUUCUAACCUCUUCAUGAAUUGUGGAGAUAGGGAGAGAUCCGAUGAAUAUAGAAUAAUAGACUUUGAGGAGCCGGAUAUGUUAAGCCAUGUUAGGAACGACACAGCCAGAAACAGAAAACAUGAUGAUCCCAGAUCAUUUAACUGCCCAUUAGAGAGUGCAUACAAAACUUCUUAUUCGAGUAAUCUUAAUUGUCCAAGCGAUAGAGAAGUAGCUAGAUUCAACAAGAAGAGAGUCACAAUUCACUUAAUAGGCCAGUGCAGCGGCACUUCACGCGGACAGCAUGGGAAGUUGAUUAUUCUGCCUGAUUCAAUAGAAGAGCUGCUCAAGAUUGCUGAAGAAAAGUUUGCAGGAUCAAAACCUACAAGAGUUAUUAAUACAGAGAAAGCAGAGAUAGAUGACAUAAGAGUCAUUCGAGAUGGCGAUCACCUCCUUUUCCUUUGCAGCAAUAGUGAAAAUUUGCAGUCACUAUGUUAACUAUCGAAGGUCAAAACGUAAAUUGAAGAUGGCAUGUAAUUUACAGUAAGGCAACGAUAUAAUCAAAUAUUGACAACAAUAUUGUCCAGCCAGGAAAUCAUUGGAAAA